AACAGGUUGUGUCGUUGUGGGAGGGUGAUGCUGAUAUUAGCCCCACCUACCUUGAAAACCACAUGGAGCUACACACAGUGUGGUGACAGACAAGGCUGUCGAGACCACAGCUUUCUGCGAAGCCAUGGCCUCCCGUCUUCCUCUCCUCCUGCUGCUCCUGUGCAGUCUGACUGUGGCUCAAGCCCAGCUCAGGCUGUUCAACCUGCGGGCGAGCGAUCUACCCUCUAACAUCCUGGGAAUCACAGACGGCUACGUCAAGGUGUUCUGUGGCUCUGCCGACCUUGGUGAGACAUCUGUUCGCAACAACAACCCUAACCCCUGGUGGGAGGAGGAGUUCACGCAUUUCCAGGCGCAGGAGACCGACACACUGAGGCUGGAGGUUUACGACAGUAACUUCUUCUUUGAUAUCCUGCUGGGAGUCUGCCAGCGUCAGAUCAACCUGGGUACCCAUGAGCACGACUGCUUCCUGGAGAAAGGUGGCAUCCUCCAUUACUCAUAUUCCCUUGGUCAGCAGGAUUGAGACAUUUGGUUGUUACAGGCAGCUUGUAGUGACUACAUCUCCAUGUGGUUUUCUCAAUGUCCUGUAAUCCAUUGUUUCAGGUUUUGAUUUGAUGAAUCAUAUUCAGAUUAAACCGAGAGAUCCAAAGUACUUUAUUCAAUAAACCAUAUAAAUUUGA